AUGAAGAACGAAUACACCAAGAAGAAAGUGUCCAGAAAGGACAGGAAGGCGUGCUUGAUAUGCCAGAACCCAACAGAAACCGUCUUGUUCAAUGCCAGUGGGCCAGAUUGGUUUUACACAUGCGACUUGCACCUGGUAGAUAACCCCCAGUUCGCCCAGCCCCUGUACCCAAAGGAGUACCACGACCUGCUAGCGGGUCUCAAGACCUUGAAGGACCGUAUAGAGGCCUUGGAAAGGAAACAGGCCGGUGGUUGGGACCAGUGGAUCGGGAAAUGGCUGGAUAAAGAUGGGAAACAAAAGCCUAAAGAGGGAGACAAGGAGGCAGAAGGGGAUAAAGAAGGGGAUAAAGAACCGGAAAAAGAGGCUCCUAAGGACACUCUGCUGCAGCUCAAGAAACAGUACCAGGAUUCCCUCGAUAGAAUCGCCCUUUUGAAACAAAAGUCCAACACUUAUACCCUAUACGAUUUGGUAUACCAAUCAAGAGUCGACCGGCUGCGCAAGCUCGCCCAAUUGAAGGAGAAGAAACGCAUCGAACAGCAAUCAUACACCAACACAGACCCUCAGCAACUGCUCCAGUCCGUCCAGUUCCCGGAAGUGCCCAAGGACAUCGUCCAGAAGCCCUCUUCUUGA